ACAUCGCCUGUCGUGUGGUUCAAAUCGUUCUUAAACAUUCUAAAAACAAUCAAAUUGGAUUAUUCUCUAUUACAAAAUAGUAUUUAACUAAAUCAACUUUACCCAAUUUUGUGAAUUGUGUUGAAAAAAUGCAAAAAAAUGCUUUUAAAGCUACUUGAACUUCCAUUUGUGCUGGUGCUGUGCUUGCAAAUAGUGUCCGUGAAAGGAUCUCAGUAUAAUGUGGAGCAGCGGGCCCAGCUUGUGAGACAAUCGAACGAUAAUUUGCUCAUCGAGGCAGCAAAGGAUCAGAAUGUGACCUUCCGGUUGAUGGGCGAGUCGGCCACCGUGACCAUCAACGAUGUGGAUAUGAUGACGUUGCUCCGGCGACGGCAACGGAUCAUUGCCGAUCGCCAGGCGGCGGCUCGAAGGGAACCACUAUCGAUGGACGUCGUCAAGGAUCAGUUCCGGGAUGUGGAUCGCAAAAUGAAGCGGAUCCAGCGAAGGGUCUUCAAUGCGAAUAACUCCACGCGAAGGAGUGGGCUCAAUCAACGCAUCCUGCGUCGACAGUUGCAGCGCGUGGAACGCGUCUCGGGAAUCCUGAGAACCCUACUCUCGAAUCUGGAAAAGAAUGAGUGCAAGUCCAUGCCGUGCCAGAACGGCGGAACCUGCCACGACGCCUACAAGGCAUUCCAGUGCGAGUGCACUUCGGGUUGGCAAGGUGAUACAUGUGAGGAGGAUGUGAACGAGUGCGUCACCUUGGCUGGCACGGAUCUUGCCGGAUGCCUAAACAAUGGCCAGUGCAUAAACACUCCCGGAGGCUAUCGAUGCGUUUGCCGAAAUGGUUUCUCCGGCAGUCACUGCCGCCUUCGGAGCAAUUCCUGCUCCGGCAUUGGAUCCCGGGAACUGUGCGGCGAGCACGGCACCUGCAUCCAAGCUGGCAAUUCCAACGGCUAUGUGUGCAUCUGCGAUCAGGGAUGGACGUGGGCGGAUGCCAAUGUGACCGCCGCCAGUCCAAGUGCCUGCACCCGGGAUGUGGACGAGUGUGAGCCGCGUGUGAAUCCCUGCCACGACGUGUGCAUCAAUCUGCCGGGCAGCUUUCGCUGCGGUCCCUGUCCGCCGGGGUACACGGGUGACGGACGCUUCUGCCGGGACAUAGACGAAUGUGCCGGCGAGGACAACGGCGGAUGCAGCCUGCAGCCCCGGGUGUCCUGCACCAACACGGAGGGCUCGCAUCGCUGUGGCCGCUGUCCACCGGGCUGGACAGGCGACGGACGCACUUGCAAGGCCGCCGACUCCAACUCCUGCAACGAUGAGAGGAUUUGCCAUCCGCUGGCCAAGUGCGAGUACGUCUCCGACACGGUGGUGUGCACCUGUCCGCUGGGCAGCUUUGGCCAUGGCUACGGCGCCGAUGGCUGCACCACGGACUCCAGCCGGCAGCCCUGCGAACAGCAUCCCUGCCAGAACAAUGGAACCUGCGUGCAGAACGGAAGGGGAACCACCUGCAUAUGCCAGCCUGGAUACACGGGCGCCGUGUGCAACUCGUCGGAUGCCUGUCAUCCGAGCCCCUGCCUAAAUGGCGGAACCUGUCGCCUGUUGCCGAAUAACAAGUACCAGUGCGUUUGUCCACGCGGCUACACCGGCACCACCUGCUCCCAUCAGCGAUUCUUUUGCGGAGCAACAAUCCAGGGGCCCACGGGCCAGCUGCAUUUCCCGCCCAACACGGCCGACGGUGACUACCAGGCGGACGAGCGGUGCCCAUUCAUCGUGCGCACCACUGUUAACCAGGUGCUUAACCUAACCUUCACCCAGUUCGAUCUGCAGGACAGCACCGAUUGCACCGCCGACUUUCUGCAGCUGCACGACGGCAACUCGCUAUCUUCGCGCCUAAUUGGCCGCUUUUGUGGCUCCCGUUUGCCCAUGGGGAACGGUAGUGUGAUCACCAGCCAGGAGCAGGUCUUUUUCUGGUUUCGAUCCGACAAUGAGACGCAGGGAAAAGGAUUCCACGUCACCUGGAACUCUCUGCCGUUCUCCUGCGGCGAAACCAUUAACCUGACACUGACGCAGACCGGCGUUCUGCGGUCUCCGGGCUAUCCAGGUCAAGCCCGACCGGGUCUCGACUGUCGCUGGCAACUGACGGCGCCCUUUGGCAGCCGCUUGCUCCUUCGCUUCUACGAGAUUAAGCUGGGUACCACCGAAGCAGACGCCAAGAACUGCAGUCAGGAUUCCCUCACUGUUUACGACUCGGACCUCAAGCUGCUUCAGGCCUGCCAAUCCCUGCAGCCCCCACCGCUGUAUAGCUCAUCGAGCAGCCUGCGUAUGGACUUCCACACGGAUGCAUUGCGUUCGGAUAGCUCCUUUCAGAUGCACUACGAGGUGGUGCCGGGUCGGCCAGGAUGCGGAGGCGUCUACACGGCGUCGCGAGGUCGCAUCAGUGGAAAAUUGGACGCCGAGGUCUGUCUCUAUCUGGUAGAGCAGCCGCGGGGAACACAAGUACAGCUGGUGUUCGAUCAGGUACACCUGUUGCAGACAGAAAAUUGUAAUAUCCAGAAGAUCGAGAUCUUUGACGGAAGUACGGUUGAUUCGCCACUUAUGCGACGCGUUUGUGGUCAUCCAGAGUCCAGUGAAUUGGAACCACUGAUAUCCACGAAAAAUGUGAUCCUAGUGCGCUAUGAAUACUCAUUGAGUGGCUUGAAGCUGAAAACAGCCUUUGUGUUGAGUUAUACCAGAGUGUGCACUGGUAGCUUUGACAGCACUACUGGCAUCAUUAGUACCCCAAACUACCCGGGUUCGUAUCUCGACGACAUGACGUGCACCUACAACUUGACUGGACCGCUUGAUACAGUGGCUGAAAUCAAAAUCACAGACCUAUCGCUGGGCACUGCCACUAAUGGAAACGAAACCACUUAUUUAGAUGUAUAUUUGGGUAUUCGUGAUGAAAAGAGGCAUUUUGAAAAGUCAACGUAUAACCUUUCCCUGAUAUCACACACAAAUCGGGCUAGUCUGGUCUUCCACGGAUCCGGUAGUGGCCGUGGAAUGCGAGUGGAAUACGAGUUUGUGCUUAAUAAUUGUGGAGGAUUCCUCACCGAAUCCGACAGGAGACGGGUCAGACAUACACACACCACAUUUUGUCAGUGGUUUAUUGAUGUUCCAGGAAGAAAACGAAUUAUUGCUCACUCUAUAAUUGCAAGACCAACAUACUCCAUUUAUGACAAUAGCACAAGUCCAGCGACUUUGUUAAACACUUAUUCGAGUAGUGUGGAUGAUGUGUUUGAUGGAGAUCUUUUGACUAUAAGUAUGUUUAACGAAAACAGAUAUGGCAUUUUAAUGCUUGGAUUUGAAAUGGUUGAGCAAGAUGAGUGUGGAGGAACAUUCACAGGGCGCUAUGGCUACAUAAAAUCUCCAAAUUGGCCAAAGGCAUAUGGAGAAAACCAAAAAUGUGAAUGGAUCUUACGAGCACCGCUUGGUCACCGUCUCGAAUUGGUGGUGCAAAACUUUACACUAGAAUCAUCAUUCGCUGACCUUCGAUGCACGACCGACUGGCUGGAAAUCAGAAACGGAGAUUCUGGUUCGUCGCCGCUUAUUGGUCGGUAUUGUGGUACUAAUAUCCCUAGUCGGUUACCCUCGUAUAGCAAUGCAAUGCAUCUGGAAUUCCAUUCCGAUAGAAGCAUAGAGACCAAGGGAUUCCUUCUAAAGUGGCAGCAAACCGGAACCGGAUGUGGCGGCAAACUAAGCUCAUCCACGGGGAGCAUUCAUUCGCCGCAUUCAUUGGCGGGAAAUCGUGGUGUUUUGGCCUGCGACUGGCAGAUUGUUGUGGCCGAGGGAUCCAGGGUGAACCUGCAGCUUGAGAGCAGCGACGCGCGUCUUUGCCUCGGCCAACUGAGCAUAUACGAUGGCCCCACUAUUGCCAGCAACAAAAUGGUAAUUCGUUGCAACGGAACAAGCGCCGAACCGCUGCAGUCCACCGGAAAUCGCGUCCUUGUCCGUUACGACGUGAGCCAUGAGUCACCCGACGGCACCGACUUCCUCUUGAACUACCAAACGAAUUGUCGAGUUCGACUCGAAAACCUGGCGGGUGCCAUUGAAACGCCCAACUUCCCGGAGAAUUAUCCGCCAAAUCAGGACUGCGAAUGGGACAUUCGCGCUGGCGGACGAAAGAAUCAUUUGCAGCUUGUCUUCUCGCAUCUUAACCUCGAGGGUUUCAAUUCUGACUGCACCUAUGACUUUGUGACGCUGACAGACAUGCUGGACGACGAGAUUCUAAGUAAGGUUAAUUUAUGCAGCUUCAAUGGCUUGCUGCCCACCGCAACUGUCGGCAAUCGGCUGCUUCUUCGCUUCAAGAGCGAUUUCUCACAACAGGAGCAGGGCCUCCGGGUCGAGUACAAGCGACUAGGAUGUGGAGAUCAUUUCCACGCAGCAGGCGGAACGUUUGAAUCGCCAAAAGCUCCCUUCAGCGUGGACAUGGACUGCGUGUGGAUCAUCACAGCAUCGGAGGGCAAUCAAAUUCGCCUCUUGCUGCAUGAAGUCCACUUCGAGGCGCCACAGGGCGAGUGCUUGGAGGCGGAUUCAAAGCUCUCCGUAUCUGCAACCAGUGGAUUCAACUCCUCCGUGAUGCUGUAUCAGAGUUGCCACGAGGAGUCGCAGACUCAGACAUUCACCUCUCCGGGAAAUGAGCUGAAAGUUCACUUUGUAAGCAGCUCGGCGCCGUCGAGGAAAUUCUUUAGGGCCAGCUAUGUUCAGGUGCCAGCCAGUUGUGGCGGUUACAUCAGUGCCAGCAGCGGUAUGUUAACCACUCCCGGUUUUCACAAUCUUCAGGACAGCAGCAACGUCGCCAAUUACUCAUCAAACGUGGAGUGCGUAUGGACUGUGGAAGUAACUAAAAGCUAUGGCAUGAGACUGCGUUUCGAGCAGUUCAACCUAACGAAUUCGGCCAACUGCUCACUUAGUUUCGUGGAACUCACUAAGCUCACGUCGGACGACCAAGAGGAAUUCCUGGAGAAGCCCUGUGGUGACGAUGCGCCCAUGAUCCGGCUAGUUCACGGACAGAAGCUGCGUGUCCGGUUCAAAGCCCAAGCGGGAACUUGGGGCCGGUUUGCCAUGCACUUCGAGCGCACAUGUGGUGGUCCACUUGCCACCGGGGAGGGCUAUUUGCAAUCCCGGCUAGACGAGGACUGCGACUGGCUGAUCUCCUCACCUGAGGGCAGCAAACUUGCCCUUAACAUCAAUCAGCUAGAGUGUCCAUUAUGUGCCGUAGGCUCGGACAAUUGCCCGGUCCUUAAGCUGAUCAACGACGAUGAUCAGGUGGUACUCUAUCAAUUGUGUCGCGAUCACAAUGCCAAUUUAGUUGUCCCCGCCAACAAUGUACGCAUCGAGACCAAAGGGAUUAGGCUGCAGGCGCAGUACAGCACCUUUGAGAACUCGUGUGGGGGAAACAUCACGUCUGUCCGUGGCAGCCUCAGUUCGCCCAACUACCCGGACAGUUAUCCGGCCAACGUUGAGUGCGUCUGGACCAUCGAGGUGCGUCCGGGAAAUGCUCUGGAAAUCAACUUUGACGCCAUGGACAUUGUUCGUUCCGAUCACUGCAACGAGGACUUCCUGGAGCUGCGUUCUGGCGUCCAGGGUCCACUCCUUGGACUCUACUGCGAUAAGAAAUUGCCGGAGGGUCCGUUGCUGGUUAACUCUCAGCUUUGGAUUAAAUUCCGCAGCACACCGGGCAACACUGCCGGCGGUUUCCGUUUGCGCUGGAGCUACGUGCACAACAUUGAAAUUACAAAUGGCACCAAUGGAACCAUUGAGCAGCCUCCAUCGCUCUUCCUUAACGACGAGUUUGAGCCCUUCACUUGGCGCAUUUUCGCGGAGCGCGAAAAGGUUAUAGUCUUGCAUUUUGACGAAUACAUUUCCGGCCUUUUGCUGUUCGAUGGCUAUGAUGACAGUGCUUUGGUGGUCAACAUUGCAGCCAGUCCAUGGACUUUCACAUCCAGCAGCAAUGUGGUCUACUUGAAGACCAUGAAUGCGGAUCUUAGGGACUUCCGUUUGAAGUGGCACGUGCUCGACUCCCAUCUGGUGACGGGUAAUGUCACCCUGACCUCCAAGCAGUGUACCCAGGAGCUGACGAUGACAUCCUCUGCCCGCAUUGAAUUAAGUUCGCCGGGUUAUCCACAUGGCUACGCACCCAAUCUGAAUUGCGAAUGGACCCUGAGGCCAGAGGACCCUACUCGUCAUAUCUUGGUCUAUUUUUACAAAGCAGAUCUGGAGGUCUUUUCCGACUGCACCGCCGAUUAUCUACAAAUUCAAAGUUCGCCCGAUCUAAGCCACUGGACGAAUGAGGUGCGCGUUUGCAAGAAACGGGAAUCUACGGAUGCGAUUAUCCCAGUUCAUGGCACGCCACAUCUGCGACUGCAGUUCCACAGCGAUGUGUCCAUUAAUGGUACCGGUUUUCAGGCGAACGUCCGCACUGCCUGUGGCUCCAAUAUGACUGGCACCGUGGGCACCAUUCCAGAGCCGCCCUUUCAAGACAUCAAUGUAUGCGCCUGGCACAUCGAUGUGCGACCAGGUCGUAAAAUUGACAUCACGAUUACUUACAACGGCCCACCUUCUGCCGGUGACUGUGAGGUGUAUGGUCUUAUCUACGAUGGAUUGGAUGACCAUGCUCCCUUGCUGGAGCACAGCAAGUUCUGUAACCAUGAGGGUUUUAAGAAAACAACGUUUCGGACGAGUAGCUCGCAUGCCUACGUGAAAUACCAACUGGGCAAUAGGAGAUCAUUGGAUACAAACCUCUGGACUCUCACGUACCGAGAGUUUAAUGAGUGUGAUAGUGAGAUUAAGUUGACCCAGCAGGCUCCCAAGUAUGUGGUCAUGUCACCAGGAUUUCCAUAUCUACCCCAACCGCAUUCGGAUUGCACGUGGUUGAUAAUGGCGCCGGUGGGUGAGACCAUCGCGGCCGACUUUGACGAGUCAUUCGAACUGAGUGCUCGGCACUGCGACAAGGAGCAUGUGGAGUUGUUUGACGGCUCCACCAAACUGGCCCGCAGCCUGAGCCGCGUCUGCCGCAAGCCACAGGCCACGGUGCGCAGUACCGGCAACCUGCUUCUCGUCCACUACCAGUCGCAGCUCGAUGAACCCACUGGAGGUUUUAGGCUCAACUUGUCACUGAGCACAUGUGGCGGCCAGUUCAGCGGGUCGCCUGGCACUCUCAGCUCGGAGAACUAUCCGCAUUUGGGAGGAUAUCCAAAGCCAUCGUUGUGCGUGUACAGCAUUCGCUUUCCCAAGGACACGUUCAUCCGGUUGAACAUCACCGAUCUGCACCUGCCCUUCGAUCCCAGUGGAACAUCCUCAAAAGAAACCAGCGAUCGCCUGGAAAUCGUUGACUUGGCGGACCCAACCAAAGAGCUACUGAUCGUGGAUGGCAGCACAGUCACGCCCAUGCUCGUCACCCUAAACACCAACGCCGCAGCCAUUCGCUUUGUUGCAAUCAAAAAUGUUAAUAGCUAUCGGGGCUUUAAGUUGCAAUAUCAGCGCGCCCUGGGAACGUGCUCGCGAGAUAUAAGCGGAGUGGAGGGGGACAUCGUGUUCCCGCGCUUGCCACAAUCAUCCUGGCUGAGAUUCUGUCGCCUGACCAUCAAAGUUCCCAAGGGACAGAGGGUGCGGCUGCGUCUUCUUAAUCUGGCUGACAUACGCGUUGUCAUGCGAAACGACACCAGAUACGUUCGCUUAGCGAAUGCGGCACACUUUUCCUUUUACAACGACGCCAACUCACUGUCCAAGAUCACAGAAUUCCGGAUCAAUAGCUACAACGGCAGUGGAAUAAUCGAGUCAACGGACAAUUUUAUGCUCGUCGUUGUCCUGGCCAGUCAGUUGGACUUGAGCUCCACAGCGCUAAGAGCUCGCUUCAGCUCCAGUGAGCCAACCGUGUGUCCGCCGGACAUUGGAGACCAGGCAACGGGAUCGCUUUCCAUCCAGACGCUUCUCCAGCUGCCCAGCUACCACUGCAGCAUCCAGUUCUCCUGCGCUGCAAGUACAACGCUCACCUUUAAGGUCGAGGAGUACCUGCUCCAGACCAUGGGCGGUCCAGCGGUUGUGUUUGUGGAUGACGUCCAGCGUGUUCCGUUCAAGGCGAUGUUCGCCAAUGUCACCAAUAGUUUUGUAUCUCUGGCCACCACAGUCGGACGUGUGACGCUCCUGAACAGCGACAAUGUUAAGUUGCGGCGCUUCCGGGCCACAUAUCGGCGACACCGUUGCGGCGGACGACUGCAGGCCGCUGAGGGAACUGCCAUCGAGUCGCCAGAGAUCCUGCCCACCCUUGAUGACGAUUACGGUGUGCUGGAGUGCCUUUGGACGCUAACCAACAGUAAUGGCUAUGUUCUGGAGGGCAACGCAACCCUCACCGACCGCUGCGAUCGGGAAUACAUUGUGAUCUUCAGCGGGCAGACGGAAGUGGGUCGCAUUUGUCGCGGCAUGACCGUAAAUAGCACGCUUCUGGCGCGUGCCACCUCAACUGUUCUGUACCAUUCGGAAAACCGAGACCUCGGAGCCAGCCGGUUCAUCCUGAUCGCUCGGCAGUCCAUAUCCGUCGGCAAUGUGAUACGCCUGGAUCACCGACCAGCGCCACCGGUGACGAUCGAGAGCAAGGACUACCUGAACAACAUGGAGCGCGUAUGGGAGUUCAUGACCAAGGAUGGGCUCUCACUGAAGUUACAAUUCAAGGACCGCUUCUUCAUUGAACUGUCACCCAACUGUACGAACGAUCGGUUGACCGUCGAGCGCUACGAUCGCUCGGCUGGAGCGUAUGUGGAGGUGACCAGCCUCUGUGGCAGGCAAACGCCGCCCGAAAUUCUAGUGCCAUCCACCCGGAUUCGCGUGAUAUUCCGCACGAAUUCCAAUGUGACGGGCGAUGGCUUCAGUUUCCAAGUCUCCCCCAGCUGCGAUGCCGUACUGCAGGCCACGGCAGGUGUUCAGAUCCAGGAGACUCCCAGCUGGACAACCUACCGCCUGCAGCACUACAACUGCAGCUACACAUUCCUCGCCAACAACGACCAUCAACUGGUGGUCAGUGUGAAAAACCGAGGACAUCCAUGGGCACCGGUUAGCUGUACCAGAACUUACUUCGAAGGUUAUCGUUCAGUUGCUGGAAGCGUGGAAACAAGUAUGGGCAAGCUGUGUCCCGAUUUCGAGGUGCAUGGCUAUGACAAACUUCGCCUGCAGUUUGUUUCCACAACGACGCAUGGAUUCGAGCUGCAAUACCAUUUAAUUGGAUGCGGUGGCGACCACAAUGAAUCCUUCACGCUUCGCCCGCCGCAGGAUGAAGAGCACGACGUGUAUGCCCACGACAUGAAGUGUGAGUGGAGAGUGGUCGCACCACCGCAACACGCCGUGGUCAUUGAGUUCAAGUACUUUGACAUGGAGGAAGCUCAGAACUGUCGCUUCGACAGUCUGAGCAUUUACCGCGGCAAAGUGGCCAGCGUGGAGCAGAGGGUAGACCAACUGUGCGGCAAUAAGACGAGUCCGCCCACCAUCAUGGUGGACAGCAACGAGGCACUGAUUGUCCUGUCCACGGACAGUUCCAACAGUCGCCGCGGCUUCCUGGCCAGCGUUCGCUUCACGCAGAACUGCAACGAGCGCGUGAGCCUGGACUCGGAAGGGCCACGUACGAAUUUGAUGCGUUCGUACCGCAUCAAUGCCACCGAACCGCUGCUGUGCCACUUCAGUGCGAGUGUUCCGCCCGAUUAUCGACUUUCUCUGGAGGUGCGCAAAUUGCAACUAAACGGUGCUGACUGCCGCACUUGCAGCUACUUAGAGAUCCUGGAUAGCGCAGAGGUCGAAGACCGAAACCUGGGCAAAUACUAUGGAUCGGGUGCGAACCGGACCAAGGUGUUCAGUUCCUACUCGGACAUGGACUUCCAUCUGAGCGCCAAGAGUGGACAGGAUAGAAACAUUAGCUUCGAGCUGAUUCUGCAAAUGGAACCCACUGUAUGCGGUAAAGCGGUGUACAACAUGCGCAUAUACGAGACCGUUACACUGGGCAUACAGUACGACAAUAGCACAAGGAGCUACGAGGGAAAUAUUCAUUGUACUUGGACAAUUAAGUACGAAGGAUAUUUGGAAAUAGAUUUCCAAAAGUUACGCCUUAAGGAAAUAUCGCAGAGAACUGGAAAAUGCGAGGACUACUUGAAAGUGUCCAAGUCUUACUUCACCCAAUCCUUUUGCGGACAACACGACAAAAGCUUCAAGUUGAAUGAAGAAAUUGAUUUAUCUGACAUGCAACUCACCUUCCACAGCGACGAACUCGAGGAGUCCCAAGGGUUUGAAGUUGUCAUCCGACGAAAGCCAACAUGCAAUGGAAACUAUACAGAACUGAGUCAAUUUAUUGAUGUCAACUAUCUUACCAGCUGUACAGAUUAUAUUCGAGUACCAAAGGGUUACAGCAUUACGCUAUACGUAAUGUCUGUGAUGUUCAGCAAUUUGGAAAAUAACUACUUCAACGUGACGGAUCUAAAUUCAAACAAGACAAUUUUCACCACUUCGCACAUUCAAUGGGAAACCUCUGCCAGAAUUACGACCACCAACGAGUUGCGCCUCGACAGCCGUGGAGUAUCCUUCCUCAAGCUCUUCUACUUUUCCACAAGCAACCAAUUUCCCGGCGGCUGUGGCGGUGAGCUAGCAGUGCUUGGCUCGAAGGGAAGCUACCUAGAGAAUCCCUCCUACGAAGGCCGCAAUAGUUCAUUGUGUACUUGGACUAUAUCCGUACCCCCAGGCGGAAACCUGCGAUUUAGUUUCCAAGAAUUCAACAUGGGCUCGGAAACCAAUUGUGAUCUGGAUAAUGUACGAUUGUAUGCCAACACUACGGACGGCCGCAAACUUGUAAAAAACCUCUGUGGAUCAAGGAUUCCAAAUGAUUUUAUCAUAGCCAACAAUAACGUUGUUUUAAUUGCAAAAAAGUCGCCAAAUUUUGAUGGAUUAGGUUUCAAGAUGGAGAUUAAGCAUACGAAUUGAAAACUGCUACAUUUUCAAUUGAUUCCGAAUUUAUACAAAUAAUUCAAUAUGUUUAUAAAGUACAAUGCUCAAUACUUAUUUAAGUAUUACUUUUUAAAAAUGCUGAACUAUUAAUAACAAAACACAUUUUAAUCUUGAGGAUAUCCAUCCAUCCAGGUAAUGUAUGGUGGACAAUAAGAAACCAAACUCUUUAAAACUAUUGAGCAGCACAUAAAGCAAGAUAAAGAAGAACAGGUGAAAAAACCAGGAAUUAAUGAGAAUUAAUCAUCAGCUAAAUUAAAUUUAAAACUAAUAAAUCAGCUAUGUAUUUAUUAAUGUAAAAUAAUGUAGCUUGAUAAAAGUGCUGGACAGAACUGGAAUUAAAUUAAAACUACAGAACAUAAAAACAUACAUAUACAAAUAACUAAAGAUCAAAUGCAAACAUAAUUGACUUUAUAAGUAUUGACAGUCAGCCUAUAAAAAUAAGGGGACUCCCCGAAAUCUUCACGUAUGAUAAGCAGCAGUUGAACACUAAUGGUGUGAACAAAAAGCUAUUACAAUAAACAUCUAUUGCACAUUUCAGUA